AUGCAUACAGCGCAGCUCUUGAAAUUCUGGGGUCCACUUGUCCUCCUGAACGAAUAUCCUUUCGAACGGUUCAAUGGCAUGCUCCAAAGCAUACCAACCAAUAAACACGUGUACGAGCUCGACCUGACUAUGCUACAACAAAUGUGUCGGCAGGCUCGUUUAGCUGCUGUUGCGGCUGACUUUACACAGACACACCCCUCCAAUAGCAACUUCGGCCAAGUUUUCAACAUUUUAUACGACAAAUUCCCGUAUCCUGCCUCGUCUCAAGCGCAAAUACCUAAUCUUUGUGAAUACCGAGACCAGCUCAGUGAAGAGACGUAUAGGCUUCUUUUCCAACGUCUUAAUCAUGGCCAGCCUCAAAGAACAAGUUUUGUGGAUUGCCACCAAUUCCCGAUACCACCUGGUUCAGCAGACCGUGUUUUGUUUGACUGGGUAAAACACAGACACCACUUGGAGUUUCGCGGAUAUGGUUAUUCAGACCAAUCCCAUGGGACUCUCGGGAAUAGUACAAUAUCUUUUUUCAAUCCGGCUAGCAAAGAACAACGAACGGGUUUCAUUACGGAAAUAUUCACUAUUCUUCUUCCUGCUUCGGUCGAACAAACAUUUCUCGUUGUUUCGCCUCACCUGUCCCUUUCCAGUUACGACAUGGACAAGGAUCCUUACCUCUGGUUUCCCAACUUGCGCUGUCACAUCGUUUAUUGUCGGGAUUCCUCGGAACGCAUCCUCAUAACGCCGGAAGAGAUCAUUUUUCACGUUGCACUUUACAGACGACCCAAAGGAACAUAUGGUAUCACCGAGGAAAUAUACGUUGUAAACGACACUCUCAAUCGUGGUAGAGUAACUUAG